AUGGGUCGCGACAUAGGUCGCGCGUGGGAGACUCGCGCAGCGUCGCGGCGCGACGGGCCUCGCAGCGCGAGGUUUGGACGAUGGCAUGUGGGCGUUCGCAGGUCUGCUGCGGGGUCAAUGCAGGGUUGCACGGGUAUAUUCGGGCGUGCUGCGGGAGUGCACGGCGUCAAAACCGACCGAUUGCUCACUCGGGAACAAAAGCACAGACCCAGGAACAACAGCAAUUUCAUAUUCUUUCCUUUCAUCAUUUUGAACACUAGUUUGGAAUCUUUUCACAACAAAACCUUUUCCAACAAUGUGUUUAGUAGCUAUUUCCGAGGACAAUAUCUGAUCGAAACUCGUAAUUCCGUGGGAUUGAACCCCGCAAAUCCUAGCAUUGAUGGAGGAGAAGACAAUGUCCCCGUGUUUUCCAACAAUGAAGUCGAUGACAAUUUCACCCUUCUCAGCUGGCGCGGAUUUUUCUUUGGAUCCACAGCGAAAAUCGCUACCCCCAAAAAUUUUACCAUCAGAAACAGAAAGCUCAGAUCCAUCAUUUUCCCUGGUCGGCAUUUCAUCAAACAGGUGGCCGGUCCCACCAAGUCCAGCCCGGCCGACGCCGAAUCGGGCAUCAAGAGACCGGAUGGCGACCCCAGCUUGUGA